AUGACAACGAAUGGAGCCGUUCCACUAUGGACGCCUCCUGACCCCGAGUCCACGCCCAUCGCUAGAUAUCGACAACAUGUGAACAGGAAAUUCGCACAGAACCUCACAGACUCACACCAGCUCCAUCGAUGGACGGUUUCAAACCGACAUGACUUCUGGAUAGACCUCUAUCAAUACUGCGGCAUCAUUCCAGCUUUACCGAAGCACACCAAGCUGGCAUAUGAUCCGAAGCUACGUCUCCGCGACAUUCCAACAUUCUUCCCAGGGUUUAAACUCAACUACGCCGAGAAUGUUCUUGUGCCGAACACGGCGAGAAGCCCAGAUGCCGUUGCACUUGUGGGCUUGCGAGAGAAUGGGCUCGAUAACCCCGAGAACAUCACCUGGGCCGAAUUGACUGAGUUGGUGAGGAUGGCUCGAUCCGCGUUGAUUCGCCAGGGAAUCAAGAAGAACGAUGUCGUCGCCGCACUCAUGGCGAAUUCUAUUUGGAUCAUCGUCCUGUUCCUGGCUUCUGCAUCUAUCGGUGCCAUAUUUACCUCCGUCUCCCCGGACAUGGGCGUCUCGGGAUGCGUCAGCCGUUUUGCACAAGUCUCGCCAAAGGUUCUUUUCGCGGAUGUGGAUCUAGCCAUCCGAGGGGUACGUCCUGGGAUGAUGACCAAGGUCCUCCAGAUUCUGAAGGCGUUGCCUUCCCAGUCAGCAAAACCUCGGGUCGUGUGUGUGCCGACGACACAUCGACCGCACCUACAGCGAAACCUGGAAUACGUGAAACCAUUGGGUAUUUCUCUGCACACCUUCCUCCUGCAAUCCAAGACCAGCGACAGAUUAAUCUACACACCUCUACCAACAGAUCACCCGCUAGUGAUAGUCUACUCGAGCGGCACGACCGGCGAGCCUAAAUGCAUCGUCUCGCCACACAUUUCGAUCCUGAACUACAAGAAGAUCGCGUUGCUCCACAACUCGCUCGGCCCUGACAGCACGGUCUUCCAGUACUCAUCGACAUCCUGGAUCCUAUGGAACGUGAUGAACGGGCACCUCUCCGUCGGUGCCAAAGUCAUCUGCUACGACGGCGGAGCACUGUACCCAGACCCGUCGACGUUGCUGCAGAUCUGCGCAACAUUCAAAGCCACCUACUGGGGCACCAGCCCACGGUACCUGCUGGAGCUCGAACAGUCGAGCAUAUCUCCAUCGGCGUUCGAUCUCUCCGGUCUGCGCCUCGUCACCACCACGGGCGCGACACUGACCGGCGAGCAGUUUCAAUGGUUCUACAGCGCGUUUCCCAAAACGAUCCACCUCUCCUCCGUAGCGGGCGGCACCGACAUCGCCAGUUCCUGGGUCGCAACCAAUCCGGCAGGACCCGUCUACGCCAAUGAGAUGCAGAUGUGGGCGCUCGGCCACGACUGCGACAUCCUCGACACCACGACUGGCGAAUCCAUCGCGAUCACCGGUGAGCCCGGCGAGCUCGUCUGCCGCAAUACGUUCCCCUCGAUGCCGUGCCGCUUCUGGGGCGACGUCGGACACAAGAAAUACCGCGAGGCGUAUUUCGAGAAGUUCUGGGUCGAGGAGACGGACCCUGGGGAUGCGAAGGCGAAGAAGAAGGAGGACUGGCUUGACGUGUGGGCCCAGCACGAUUUCAUCCUGAUGAACCCGAGGACUCGAGGCGUGCAGAUCCUCGGCCGCUCCGAUGGCGUGCUGAACCCGAGUGGCAUCCGGUUCGGGUCGUCCGAGGUCUACAACAUCGUCGAGGGACCGGCCUUCAACGCGGUGCUGGCGGACACGUUGUGUGUGGGCCGGAGGCGGAAGCACGAUAAGGACGAGACGGUGUUUCUGUUUGUCAUCAUGGCGCAAGGCCACGAGGGAGAGUUUGACAACGCGCUGGUCUCGAGGAUCAAGGACGCCGUGCGUGACGGCCUCAGUGCCCGCCAUGUCCCCAAGUUCGUCUUCCAGGUCAAAGAGAUUCCCUACACGAUCAAUGGGAAGAAGGUCGAGAUUGCCGUCAAGAAGGUCAUUUCGGGCCUGGAUGUCAAGCUCAGCUCGACCGUGCGGAACCCUGCUUGUUUGAGGGACUAUGAGCGAUUUAGAGACGUCGAGAGGAUGCCUCGUGCUGAGAGGUUGUGA